ACCUUUGAAAGAAGAGAGUGAUUUUACUCAUCUGGACUAGGGUUUCACAGCCAUCACUCUCAAACUUCGGAUUGGAUCCGGUCCAGGAGCCUUACGAAGAAGAAGAAGAAGAAAGAUGUCUGAGUAUUUGCCUCUGGACGUCGUCGCGCUCAUUCUCCGGAGACUUCCUGUGGAGACGGUGGUAAAAUGCACCGCCGUAUGCAAGGCCUGGUACGCUCUAAUCAAGCAUCCCUCUUUCAUUUCCAAUCAUCUCCAGGCUGCGUCUCUUCGAGAUGACCUUCUCCUUCAAAGAGCCCUCCACCAUUAUUAUUUGCGUCGAGACAGUGAUGACCUUGAAGAGCUUAAGAAGUUCCGCUUACCCUUGGAUUGUGGUGAAUGGGGGACUUUUACAUAUGUUGGCACAUGUAAUGGUCUCAUUUGUCUAGUUGUUUGCAGACCUUCUUGGGAUAUAGUUUUGUGGAAUCCGUCCAUCCAUAAACAUUUUAUUCUGCCCAGAUUUGCUUGCCAGCAGGUUCGUGACCAUUUUCCCAGCUGUCUUGGUUUUGGGUUUGAUGCAUUGUCCGAGGACUAUAAGGUUAUUCUAAUUGCGUGUGAAGCCCACGACCUAGAGAUUUGGUUGUUCUCCUUGAAUAACUGUUCUUGGUUUAGGCUUACUGAAUUUUCUCCCAAGCAUCGCUGGUGUGGAGUUAGGGAGCUAAGGCAGGCUGUUUUUGUGAACGGUGCUUUGCACUGGAGUGGAGUUUUGAAUUAUGGUGUGAUUAGGCAUGUGAUUAUGGCUUUUGAUCUUAGCACUGAAAAAUUUUACGUGAUGAAUUAUCCAACAGCUUUGGUUGAUUUUGAUCAUGACAUCUCAUUGAUUAAAUAUGAAGAUUCCAUUGCAGUGGUUACCCCUCGCAUCUUAUAUUACAAUCAAGUUGAGUGCUGGGUAAUGAAGGAGUACAAUAUAGAUAGUUCGUGGGUGAAUGUGUUACGUCCAAUGGAAGAAGACGGAAAUUCAGGUUUUGGUAAACACUUGAUGGAUGUAUUUGGGGUUCGGAAGAAUGGGGAGGUUUUAGUGAAUUCGAGUGGGGGGCUUUUUUCUGGGAGCGAGAUAGCUUUACUGGAUUUGAACUGCCACCGAAAAGAGCAACAGCUAAAGCACCUUGGAAUCUGGACCCACCAUACUCUUUCAUCUGUUGUAAGCUUCGUGGAGAGCCUGGUGUUAUUUGACAAAGGGGAACAAGAUCAUGAGGGGCAGUUGGAGUGAAGGCGUAAUGGCAUUAUCUAGUAGGGCAACUACUGUUAAUGACUUAUUCGUCUAUGGAUGAUGUAUUUUUCAUUGAUUGUCUUGCAUAAUACUUGCUACUAGGAAUGGCCUGCGAGGUGUGGGGGGAUUCAUUGCAGCAGCAAUGAUGAAGUAGCGAGAUAAUAAAUGCAGGGGAGAUGGAGAAGUGUGCGAAAUAUGAGAACAGUUGGAGGGUAGUUUAGGAACAUCAUUGAAAUAUUCAACAUACCUAAUUAUGUGCACUGCAUCAGCUUACAAUGAUAAAUUCUGGACAGAGAUGAUAUCAAAUAGAGAGCUCAUAGAAUCAUAUAUAGUAGUAUUAGUUGGUGCAAAAAACAAUAGAAAUAGUUUAAUAGAUUGCAUGUGUUGAUUAAGAAUAUAUUGGAGAUUAAUGGAAUGGAGACUCCAUUAAGAUGCAUGUUAGGAAUACCAAUAUAUGGAGUGCUACUUUAAGUUGUACUGCUUUUAUGAUUUUUUUUUGCUAGAACCAAUACUUGAUUUUAAAUGGCUUUUUUGAUCCGUCCCAUAAAAUUCUUUACACUUUCUUUUUUCGGAUGUCCAAGAGAAUGUUCACUUGCUUUGUUUCUUAUUUUAACAAUGAAAAUGUCAUAUGUGCCUCACAUUACUUCUCUUUCAUUUAAACAAAUUAUGAUCAUAAACUUUUUUGCUUUUCGACACUUUUUUUAAGACUUUGUGAAAGCCAACUUGUCAACUAUGUUAUGGGACGGAGAGGGUAUCAAAGAAAGAGCUCAUAGUGAU